AUCGCCAAUAGGCGGGACUUUGAGACAGUGGAUUGAGCUAAACCAUUGCAUUGUGAACCACAUUGCAGAGCACACGUGAGUUAGUACGGCUCUAGCGAUCAACAGAAAUGACGGUAGCCUAAGCCGCAACAGGCAUCUAUUUGAACUUGGUGAUAAGUGCAGGCGGUAGUUCGUUGCACGGGCAGAAAUGUGCAUUUGGGACCUGUAGCAUCAACUCCAACGGAUCGCCUUUCUGAAACUUAUGACUUCAUUUUUUUGCGUCUUUUUCCAAGGACUUGCAAGUGAAUGCAUGGGCUUUAUCGUUUGGUUUAGGGUCUACCAAAAAGGCUAUACCCUAACAGUUAGAUCAUCGGAACAGCCAGCCUACAUGGUCUGUUAAUUUGUUUAUGAAAGGUAUCCUGGCACACAGUCUGACAUUAUUGACUGGGCAGACAUUUCGUGUGAUGGGACUCUCCAAACUCUGAAGGAGUGCAUCUGAAUUGGGAAGAGAGGGUAGAGGACAAAGAACACUGGGAAACCAGAGGAAGAGAGGAGGAGGAGAAAAAUGGAGGCCAUAUCUUUAGAUCAGUCUGCGACGGUGGAUGAGCUGGUGGAAGCAUGCAUCCAAGCCUUUGAUGAGACUGGCACUUUGAAGGACCCCUCCCUAGUGCGUAUGUUUCUUAUGAUGCACCCUUGGUACCUUCCCUCCACCGACAUGGCAAAGAAACUACUGCUCAAAUCACAGGAGGACAGCUGCACUGCUGAGCUCAGGACAAGAAUCUGCCACUUGGUGAAGUACUGGAUCAGUGAGUUCCCAGCGGAGUUCAAUCUAAACCCAGAGCUGGCAGAGCAGAUCAAAGACCUCAAGGACCUCUUGACCACUGAGGGGAACGAGCGCCAGAGUCAGCUCAUCGACAUCGACAGCGUGCCGUCAUACAAGUGGAAGCGUCAGGUGACCCAGAGGCAGCCAUCCAUGUCUAAGAAGAGGAAGAUGUCUCUGCUGUUUGACCACCUGGACUCCAGCGAGCUUGCCACACACCUCACCUACCUGGAGUACAAGUCCUUCUGCAAGAUACUGUUCCAGGACUACCACAGCUUUGUGAUGCAUGGCUGCACGGUAGACAACCCCAUCCUGGAGCGCUUCAUCACCCUCUUCAACAGUGUGUCUCAGUGGAUCCAGCUGAUGGUGCUCAGCAAGCCCACCGCCCCCCAGAGGGCUGCAGUCAUCUCCCACUUCAUCAGGGUGGCGCAGAAACUGCUCCAGCUUCAGAACUUCAACACUCUGAUGGCCGUGGUGGGGGGGCUCAGUAACAGCUCUAUAUCUCGCCUCAAAGACACCCAAUCACACAUCAGCAACGAGACCAACAAGGUGUUCAACAGCCUGAUCGAACUGGUGACGUCGUGCGGCAACUACAGCCAGUACCGACGUCGCUUCUCCGACUGCACAGGCUUCCGUUUUCCUAUCCUGGGCGUGCACCUCAAGGACCUGAUCGCCGUGCACGUGGCGCUGUCCGACUGGGCCGACCCGGACAAGAGCAGGGUCAACCUGGCCAAGAGCCAACAGCUGUAUGUUAUCCUCCAGGAGUUGGCUCUCAUCCAGACCACGCCACCCAGCAUCGAUGCCAACACAGACCUACUUAACCUACUUACGGUGUCUCUGGACCAGUACCACACAGAAGAGGAGAUCUACCAGCUGUCUCUACAGAAAGAGCCACGCAGUGCUAAACCGGCGAACUCCGGCCCCUCCCCUGCGCCUGCCCCCCAGCCAUCGAUGAUUGACGAGUGGGCUGCGUCGGUGAAGCCCAAAGCCGACCCUGCUGUCAUCAACAAACACAUAGAGAAGAUGGUGGAUUCUGUCUUCAAGAACUUUGACACUGACGGGGACGGUCACAUCUCCAGGGAGGAGUUUGAGAUCAUCAGGAACAACUUCCCCUACCUCAGCAAGUUUGGAGAACUGGACAAAAACCAAGAUGGGCAGAUCAGCCGGGAAGAGAUGAUCGACUACUUCAUGAAGGCCAGCUCUCUGCUCAACUGUAAGAUGGGCUUCAUCCACACCUUCACAGAGACCACCUACGUCAAACCCACCUUCUGUGAACACUGCGCUGGCUUUAUAUGGGGCUUCUACAAACAGGGAUACAAGUGUAAAGCGUGUGGAAUUAAUUGUCACAAGGCGUGUCGAGGUCGUCUGGCUGUGGAGUGUCGUAAACGGACCAAGAGCAUCAGCCAUGAGCAUGCCCCCUCCCUUCAGGCUCGCUCCUACAGCUUCCCGCCCCUGGCCAACACCCCACCAAGCCUACAGAACACAGUGAUUGUAGAGGAAGAUCUCCAGGCAGUGGAGGAAGGUGUGUUUGAUGUCCAUCUAUAACCAGAUGAUAACCAAUAGGCAGGCCUGGCCUGAUAUGUCCCUUCAGAAGUCCUACGUACUCUGGCAUUCAUACAGCCAAACACUGCCAGGAGGAAACAACAGUGGUCGGGAGCCAGAAGCCUGCUGGGGUCUGUUCAGCAGGGUACAACGUUACAUAAAGCAGAUACAAAUGUAUCAUCAAGUACAGAUUAUGAUUGUCUGUCGUGUAAAAGAGGGAAUCGUUUCAGCUCUAUCCAUUCCAUUUCUAUCUGCAACAUUCAGACAUGCCAUUAGGUAGAACAGAUAUGAUUGUCUGUCGUGUAAAAGAGGGAAUCGUUUCAGCUCUAUCCAUUCCAUUUCUAUCUGCAACAUUCAGACAUGCCAUUAGGUAGAACAGAUUAUGAUUGUCUGUCGUGUAAAAGAGGGAAUCGUUUCAGCUCUAUCCAUUCCAUUUCUAUCUGCAACAUUCAGACAUGCCAUUAGGUAGAACAGAUAUGAUUGUCUGUCGUGUAAAAGAGGGAAUCGUUUCAGCUCUAUCCAUUCCAUUUCUAUCUGCAACAUUCAGACAUGCCAUUAGGUAGAACAGAUUAUGAUUGUCUGUCGUGUAAAAGAGGGAAUCGUUUCAGCUCUAUCCAUUCCAUUUCUAUCUGCAACAUUCAGACAUGCCAUUAGGUAGAACAGAUUAUGAUUGUCUGUCGUGUAAAAGAGGGAAUCGUUUCAGCUCUAUCCAUUCCAUUUCUAUCUGCAACAUUCAGACAUGCCAUUAGGUAGAACAGAUAUGAUUGUCUGUCGUGUAAAAGAGGGAAUCGUUUCAGCUCUAUCCAUUCCAUUUCUAUCUGCAACAUUCAGACAUGCCAUUAGGUAGAACAGAUUAUGAUUGUCUGUCGUGUAAAAGAGGGAAUCGUUUCAGCUCUAUCCAUUCCAUUUCUAUCUGCAACAUUCAGACAUGCCAUUAGGUAGAACAGAUUAUGAUUGUCUGUCGUGUAAAAGAGGGAAUCGUUUCAGCUCUAUCCAUUCCAUUUCUAUCUGCAACAUUCAGACAUGCCAUUAGGUAGAACAGAUUAUGAUUGUCUGUCGUGUAAAAGAGGGAAUCGUUUCAGCUCUAUCCAUUCCAUUUCUAUCUGCAACAUUCAGACAUGCCAUUUGGUAGAACAGAUAUGAUUGUCUGUCGUGUAAAAGAGGGAAUCGUUUCAGCUCUAUCCAUUCCAUUUCUAUCUGCAACAUUCAGACAUGCCAUUAGGUAGAACAGAUUAUGAUUGUCUGUCGUGUAAAAGAGGGAAUCGUUUCAGCUCUAUCCAUUCCAUUUCUAUCUGCAACAUUCAGACAUGCCAUUAGGUAGAACAGAUAUGAUUGUCUGUCGUGUAAAAGAGGGAAUCGUUUCAGCUCUAUCCAUUCCAUUUCUAUCUGCAACAUUCAGACAUGCCAUUAGGUAGAACAGAUUAUGAUUGUCUGUCGUGUAAAAGAGGGAAUCGUUUCAGCUCUAUCCAUUCCAUUUCUAUCUGCAACAUUCAGACAUGCCAUUAGGUAGAACAGAUUAUGAUUGUCUGUCGUGUAAAAGAGGGAAUCGUUUCAGCUCUAUCCAUUCCAUUUCUAUCUGCAACAUUCAGACAUGCCAUUAGGUAGAACAGAUUAUGAUUGUCUGUCGUGUAAAAGAGGGAAUCGUUUCAGCUCUAUCCAUUCCAUUUCUAUCUGCAACAUUCAGACAUGCCAUUAGGUAGAACAGAUAUGAUUGUCUGUCGUGUAAAAGAGGGAAUCGUUUCAGCUCUAUCCAUUCCAUUUCUAUCUGCAACAUUCAGACAUGCCAUUAGGUAGAACAGAUUAUGAUUGUCUGUCGUGUAAAAGAGGGAAUCGUUUCAGCUCUAUCCAUUCCAUUUCUAUCUGCAACAUUCAGACAUGCCAUUAGGUAGAACAGAUAUGAUUGUCUGUCGUGUAAAAGAGGGAAUCGUUUCAGCUCUAUCCAUUCCAUUUCUAUCUGCAACAUUCAGACAUGCCAUUAGGUAGAACAGAUAUGAUUGUCUGUCAUGUAAAAGAGGGAAUCGUUUCAGCUCUAUCCAUUCCAUUUCUAUCUGCAACAUUCAGACAUGCCAUUAGGUAGAACAGAUAUGAUUGUCGGUUGUGUAGAAGAGAGAACAUUGUCCACUUUAGUCAAGGCAUGUCACUCACACUCAGAGCGAGAGAGAGAUGCCGCCACAUAGUGGAAAAAUACUGCAAAUGCAUACCUUACAUUUACUCAAGAUUUCAACUCCCUCAAUAUAAGUGAGUUUGUACAAAAUGUCUUUCUGUGUUAAAUCUAUAUUUUAAAAUGUGGAUGUAGGCCCAUGUUUUCAUAUCUCUUACCUAGUUUACCUAACACUGAAUAUAGAAAAUAAAGUCACAUUGUGUUUAGUGUGAUGUUAUUACCUUCGAGUCUAAGUGGUAUGUUUUAGCUAUGCAUUUAGCUAUAUCUUGUUAUUAUUAUGUCUAUAUUAAUAACCUAAACGAUGUCUCUCCAAAAUAUAAGAGGUGCUGUCAUUGCCAAGAUAGAAUCCAUAGGCUACAUGCCACCUGGACUUCCAACUGCUUUCUCUGGGGAGAAAAGCUUCGCUUUGUCUGAGUAUCUUGGUAUCUUGUUUCUUUGUAUAUGUAAUGGGAGAAACUUUAUAAAACACACGAUGUCCGAGAUGAAACGUUUCGGCUCCAGAACGACUGCUGCUUUCGUGGAUUGGUUAUCAAACCGCUAUCUUGCACAACAACAGCAACAACUCAAAUGGACUGUGGAACGUACAUCCUGCAUUUGAAUAGCAUUUGAAUGCUGUUGUGUUUUUGUUCUCCUGUUUGCCUGAAUAUCAAUGCUUUUCCUAUGGUAAUUUGACUGUGGUGUGUAUGCACGGUAUACUGUUGUAAUACUGUUAUGUGUCAGUGCACCCACACACGACCUUUCCUCUCAGUAACUUUCAAUGUAGUUUGAAACGGUGAAUGUUAUAUAUUGUCCUGAGAAUUGACAUCUAUUUUAACGUCUAUUUUAAUACGAGACAUGUAAGUCCAUUGUCUUAUCAAGCAUGCUUCAAGGGGAUCCACAUUUGCCAAAAUGUCUGUUAAGUGUAUUUUUAAUGUCGCACGUAUAUAUAUAUAUUUUUUUUUAAUGGCAACAUGAAAUCCUGUAGGCGAGAGACUCUCCUCAACGUAUUAGUUUUGGGGUCUGUAUCCUCUGAGGGAUAGUCCCACAAUGUUAGCUGUUUGUGUAUAUUUGAAUGAAGUGCUUCCUCUGGCUUUCAUUAAUACAGAACAUCCUGCUUCUUUACUUAUGUCCAAUACUAAACUGCCAGCCCUACCAUGGCAGUUUCCCCUCUGGACAAGGGUAUCAUUUGUUACAGUAAGGGAACUAAUGCUUUCAUCUGAUGUCUUGUUGGUAACUCUGUGGACGUGUCUCUGCUGUUUCUCAGUGUUAAAUGCUGUAGCGGUUCUCUUGUGGUGAAGGAGAGUCGGACCAAAAUGCGGCGUGUAGAUUGCGAUCCAUGUUUAAUAAACAAACGUAACAUGAAUCUAAAUACAAAGACUACAAAAACAAUAAACGUAACGAAAACAGCCUAUACUUGUGUCAACUAACACAGAUACAGGAACAAGGACACUAAGGACAAUCACCCACGACAAACUCAAAGAAUAUGGCUGCCUAAAUAUGGUUCCCAAUCAGAGACAACGAUAAACACCUGCCUCUGAUUGAGAACCACUCCAGACAGCCAUAGACUUUGCUAGAUACCCCACUAAGCUACAAUCCCAAUACUAACACCAAAACCCCAAGACAAAACACACCACAAUACAAAAACCCCAUGCCACACCCUGGCCUGACCCAAUACAUGAAGAUGAACACAAAAUACUUCGACCAGGGCGUGACAAAUGCAGAAUGCAUCACUCUGCUAUUUGUUUUAAGAAGGAUGCACAACAUGAUAGGACUAAUAGCACAGCAACCCAGUGACGCGCCGUGUGCGUUUGUGACUCUUGCAGAAUCCAUCCUGCCACACAUUCCUUGUCUAAAGUUUAUAUCCGACCCACUUUCCCUGCCAUCGUGUAGUUGCUUGACGUCCGGUAUUGGAAUUCUUAACCAGCCGGCCAUGCACUCUGUUAUUACCAAAGAAACAAAGGGCUCUAUUCAAUCCGUAUUGCACAAGUUACAGCGCAAUUGAAAUUUAAAGGCAAUGUUCCUGCGUUAGCCAAGACUGCAUUCACCGUAAACGUAGUAUGUGCCGACUCAAUCGGAAAUUAAGUUUACAUUUCUAUCCGGCAAUCUGUAAAGCUCCAGCUUCUCCCUCAUGUGGGUGCUAGCAAGCAGGCAAGGUAGUGCUAGAUACCAACAUCCAAUCAAGUAGGGUAUGGAAGCUAUAGUGAGCUUUGCUUGGACAACAGCGCUGCGAGUAUUUGCAUAAAGUUCAGCUUUCUCCAACUUUAGUCCUGCCUUGUUCACGCUCCCUCGCCCAUGUUCACAUCGCCCAACAGCCCCCCCCCGCACACUUCACUUCCCUCCUUUGAAAAUGAAUGGGGCUCCGUUGUUUCAUCGCCCCCCAAUUUGUUAUGUAGAAAUGCACUAUUUGAUUCCUCAGCUUCCAUCUCGCACAUUGAUUCAUGCAGCUAUUUCAUCUGACGUUAUUGUAUUGAAUAUUUCUGAGUUCUCUCAUGUGGGAUGAAUGGAGAGUUCAGUCUCUUAGUCUCUGUUGCUUUAUUGACUGAGCGGGGGAUGUUUCACUUAAUUUCUUAGCUGUGGUGUAAUUACAUUAGCAGAGUUGUCAAGGACUGUCUGAACUGAUGGUCAGACUGUCCUUAGAACGCACACACACCGAGGCCUGUGUUAACGCCUGCACUCAACACUAAUCAAAUUAAUUAGGUAUAUAGUGAACUGAUUACAUCACAGUGCUCUUGUUAAGAUUUUGUCCGACUUUUCACCUUGGUUUCCUCUGUCUGAAGAGAAACCGAUAACAUUACGGUGAUAGCAGUUUGAUUUGUAAUCACUCAAAGCUUAGAUGCUCAAUAGUUGUGUCUUAAACAUACACAAGCAUAUUGGUAGUCAUAUCUCACAUAUUUGCCUCUAUUCUCAAAAUCCCUAUUAAAAAAAAUCACAAUUUUAUCCAAACACUCAAGCCACCCUCAUAUACCUACUUCUAACAUCCCUGCGUGUGGCCACGGUAAUAGUAUGAUAGGAGUGUAGUCUGGCCCAUGAUUGAUACUUUCCACUCAGCUACAUGAAGGCCCGGCCUGCUCCGUCGUUUAGCUGUGGCCCUGACUGGUAUUGAUCUCAGUGACGGAAAUCGAAUAGUGCCGGAGCUAAUUACAUUGUAAUGAAGGCUGCAGGAAAUAGCCUCACGUUGUUAGCCAAUCGCCAUCAUCGACCUUGAUGUGAAGGAAUUCCGUUUGGAUCCAAAAUGGAUUCUCAGAUCCUUGGGAAGACUGGUACAGUAGAACAAGCCCUGUUGCUCUUCAGUCUACAUUGUUUCAAACCUACGGUGUCCAUAUUAGGACAGCUUCAGUCUCAGCAGUUGAGUUGAGGAUGUCCUAAUGUGGACACCGCACAGGCCCUAUUUUGAUAUUCUGGUGUGGAGUGCACUUUAGGGCUGCGAUCAAUUUAGCUUGCCCGGUACAAUGGAAGGAAUGGAAUAGUAAGGCACAUCUCAAAUACUAUUUAAAUACUGUAUGUAUUUCACCCAGCUCUGACUCAUAUGCCAUCAGAAUAAUAGAUGCUUAUUAAAGAAAAGUACACUGAGUGUACCAACAUUAGGGAAACACUUUGCUAAUAUUGAGUUGCCCUCAGAACAGCCUCAAUUUGUCAGGGCAUGGACUCUACAAGGUGUCGAAAGCGUUCCACAAGGAUGCUGGCCCAUGUUGACUCCAAUGCUAUCUGGAUGUUCUUUGGGUGGUGGACCAUUCUUGAUACACACGGGACACUUGAGCAGGAACAACCCAGCAGCGUUGCUCUUCUUGACACACUCAAACGGGUGUGCCUGGCACCUACUACCAUACCCUGUUCAAAGGCACUUAAAUCUUUUGCCUUACCCAUUCACACAGACACAAUCCAUGUCUCGAAACGUAAAAAUCCUUCUUUAACCCGUCUCCUCCCCUUCAUCUACACUGAUUGAAGUGGUUUUAACAGGUGACAACAAUAAGGGAUCUUAGACUGACCAGGCGAAUCAAGGUGAAAACUAAGUCAUGGAAAAUGUUCCUAAUGUUUUGUACACUGUAUAUUGAUUUGUAGUCUGUUUCGUUGACAUGGACGUGGAUAAUCUUGAGUGACUGACAGGGAUUUGAUUCUAUGUAGACUGUGUACAUGUGUAAAUGAUAUUGACAUUGUUAGAGUGGUAGGUCUCUCAUGUUCACCAUGUUAAAACACAUUGACUUAAUGUCUACUCAAACAGCUUGAGGAAUUAGAAAACAUACUCAUACAUGUACAUUUAGUCACAACACGGGCCCCCUAGUGGCACAGACACGUAUAUGCAGCCCCAGCAGUGUUACUAGUACCAGGAUAAACCACUUGAUGGUGCUGUUGAGCUGUUAAAAGGGAUGGGCACUCACUCAGGGGCACAGUCAUUGGGUAGAAAGAGCAUUGCACGUAGAGGAAAUGCAUAAUACAUGUUCUGUCACGAGGAAAGGGUAGCAUUCCUAUAAACACAAGUUAAUAAACGUUUUGGAUUAA